CAAACAGUUAAGACACAGGCACAAACUCAUCAUCAAAGUGACACAUUUGGUUUGCAAAAGAUGGUUUUGACUGAAAAAACAAACUGUUGUGAUGAGCUGUGAGAAUCAGACGAGUGGAUCAACACACUAGCAGAUGUCUUCAGCAGUGAAGCCUGUGCAGGAACAGUAUGAGUGUGUGUGAUGUGCUGGAGGAAUGUGAUGUUUUAAUACUUAUCUCUGAAUUAUCUGCAUUUGUUCUGUGUUUAAACAUAAUGAUUUAAAUAUGUUUCAUUCUUCAGGGCGAGGAACCGUCGUGGUGGUUGUAUCUGAAGGAAACUACAUCAUCUUGCCGUGCUCGCUCAGCUCCCAGGAGAGCCUCGUACGAACGCGCUUUCACUGGAAGAAAGACGAUGAGCGGGAGGUGUUUGUGUACGACGCCGGCCUCCAUCAUAAUAACAGACGUUCAGGUCAAGACGAGCGCUUCAGAGGACGCGUGUCACACUUUUCAGACCAGCUGAAGUUUGGUAACGCCUCCAUCAUCAUCAGAAACACCACGGUGGCCGACAGUGGAGACUACACCUGUGAUUUUCCAUUUCAUCAACCGGACAGAGAAACAUUUAACGUCACCCUGGUUGUUGGUGCAGCUCCGAAGCCGUUUGUUGGGAUCCUGAACAUCAGCGAGGACGAGGCGCUGCUGAAGUGUGAGGUCAGAGGAGCUUCUCCAAAGCCUAAAGUAGAGUGGAGGGACAGCGAUGGGAACAUCCUUCCUGCUGAGGAGCCACAGGUGUCACGCACAGGAGAGCGCUAUGACAUCACCCUCCUCACCACGGUGACCAGGACAAACAGCAGCCUCUUCCUCUGUGUAGCCACGCAGGAGGAGCUCAGCCACCGAGCUGCUGACGAGAUCUUUGUUCCAGGUUUGAUUCCCACUCAUCAUGUUUCCAUCUGUGAUGCUGAUGUUUGUGCGUUUUAAACAAUGCUGUGAAAAAGUAUUUCUCUUCCUUCCUGAUUUCAUUGUUUUUUGCAUAUUUGUCACAUUUAGAUGUUUCAGAUCAUCAAACAAAUAUAAAUAACGAAGUAACACAAAAGGU